ACUGCGUCACCGGAGUAUUGCGCGCUCACCGUGAAGGUGCAGAAGUAGAUUGAAGUGUUACUAAAGUGUGAAAUUUACUAUUCGCGAUUGAUCUUGAAUGAAAUCAUCCAACCACUGCAGAGAGAUCAGACAGACACCUGUAGUUGUUCUCCUGCAGUUGUUUUGAGGGCUUCGCUCUUUGAGUGCACUAUGGACGGAACUGUGGACGGAGUUGUGGAGGAGGGAUCCACGCGGGGGUCCUCCUCCCGGACAGACGCUUCACUCAGCGGACAGGAUGAGCGCCGGGACUCCGACCACAGCCAGAGAACUCACGAAACACACCCUGACGACGAGCACUCCUUGCCUCUUAGGGAAUUUUAUCCCUAUAUUCGCUGUGCCCUCUGCAAUGGAUUUUUCAUUGAUGCCACCACCAUCACAGAGUGUCUUCACACUUUUUGUAAGAGCUGCAUUGUCAAGCACUUUUUCUAUAGCAACAGGUGUCCUAACUGCUCCAUUGUUGUGCACCAGACACAGCCACUGUACAGUAUCAGACCUGACAGGCAAUUGCAAGACAUUGUUUUCAAGAUGGUUCCGUAUUUGGAAGAAGAUGAAAGGUCGCGAAUAUAUGCAUUUUAUAAACAGAGAGGGCUUGACGUUCCUAAGCCAGUGGCAUCUCCAGCUACGUACCAAGGGAAGCUGCAUCAUAGACAGAAGAAAGACAUGCUGCCGCAGUCUGUUUUUACUAUUCCCUCAGAGCUAGAUGUGUCUCUGAUGUUGGAGUUCGUGGGAGCUGAAAAGGGUAUUGAGAACUAUAAGCCCCUCGAGAGGAAGUAUGUGCGUGUGUCAGGGGAAGCCACUGUCCGUCAUGUGGAGCUUUUUAUCAGGAGGAAGAUGGAACUGAGUCAAAACUGCAAGGUUGAUGUUGUGUGUGGAGAGCAUCUUCUUGAACAAUACCAGUCUUUGAGAGAAGUUUGUAAAACCAUGGGGAAAAAUGCACUGCAGGAUGGCAUGCUGGUUCUGCAUUUCGGACUCGUUCUACCUGCUCAGUAAAGAGGGAAGAGAGAGAAAGACCAGCUACUGUGAAAACUACACUGUGUAGUGGUUUUAUUUCAAGGGCUAAACUGAAUUUUAUUAUAACAGUUAUCCUAUGCAGUGAUCGUUUGUCUUCCUUGUUAUCUUCUGCUCAAACAGAUUAAGAAUAUGUCAACAUUCUUUCAGCAAAUGCAUUAAGAUACAUUAGAGCUACAUCCAGAAAAUUAGCCAUAUCCAGAAGAUAUUGUUUGUUUGAUUGAUUUUUGGUGACAGUUUCCACAACUAUAAAGGUUCUGUAAAUUCUCUUUUAUGUUUACUAAGAAAAGCACAAAGUAAUUACACCUUGUUUCUAUAAAAAUAUUUUGUUUUGACAUGAAUUUUAUUGCUUAGUUUUGUUGUGCCUCUAGUUCAGCUGACAAAAAGUAAAUCAGUACUUUAGAAAUAAUUCACUUAAGUACCUGGACAGUACCUACAUUUUUAAGUGUUUAAUUCUGUACAACAAUGAAUAUGUUUGUCUGGUUUACAGGCUUGCUCUCCUUAAUCAAUUAAGUAUUUAUAUCUUUGUUCAUUUUCAGUUUGAAAUGUUUGUUUUUUAUUGAGCCAUAUUGUGUUAUUACAAGGCCUUGGGAGGAAAGAUCUUUCAUGAUUUUUUAAAAAAAUAUUUUGCAAUAUUGUAAUAACUAAAUACAACUAAAUGUUAAAUUAUACUUGGCCAGGCACACCAUUGCAAAUAAACACUCAAAAAUUGUGUCCCUUUUCAU